AUGUCUAAUACUCUUCUUCCGUCGGUUGAAGAAAUUCAGAAAUGGAAGCGAGCUGAUAUCAUUACAUUUUCGCAACCAGAAGUUUCUGGUUCGUACUUCCUUGAAAUAAGCAAAGAAAAAUUUCGAGGAUGUGGAUUGAAACUAGGGCCGGCAAUGAGAAUCUCAGACUUAACUGAUAAGAUUAGAGGGCAAGGAGAUGAAAUAGAGGAAACAGAUUUUAUCAAGCACUCUGAUGAAAAACACCUUGUAGUGAUCAAGGACCUUUAUCAAAUAGUUACCAAUAGAAAUUCUUAUUCCAGAAUUCUAAUGAGUGGUGCAUCGGGUAUUGGUAAAUCAUGUUUUCUGCUUUAUUUAUUAAUCCGACUUUUAUGCAAUAUCGAUGAUCUCGAACUUAAUGUUGGAACUUUUAUCGAAUUUUCAGAUCUUUAUGAGCACUCUGAAACAUGGUACAUGUACCUAGUUGGGGACACAAAUUCCACGCAAGGCAUACAAGGUGUCAAGGAGAAAACAGUAGUUUCUGUAUCACCAAGAAAUAUCAAAAAGCGAAAAACUUCAAGAAUAUUGAAAAUCCUGUAA